AUGUCGAGCCAAAAGCUACAAUUACUCCUUUUACCAUAUCGGCAAAAACGCAACUUGAUAUUCCCGUUGAGCAGGAAGACGCACAAACAUCCUAUGAUGCAGGAAGAUGCACAAACAUCCUAUGCUGAAGACUUGUUUAACGACGAAGACAUGGAAGAUUCCUUGAGUCAACUCCAGACCCACUGGGAUAAGCUGGAUACACUGCAACAAAACAUAUUUGUCAAGACGGUAUCGGAAGAGACCUCCCAGAUGGACCUGCAAGAACCCUUGGACGAUGGCACAGGCCCGCCCCCAACAAGGACGACUCAAUCAGACAAGAGGGAGGCCUCCCAGAUGGACUUGGAUGAUGCUGUUGGUCAGUCGACACAAAGGGCUCAGUUUGAUAAGAGCAGGCCACAUGCAAAGCGAGUUAUCGCUACUACGGUAUUGGACAAGCAUCGCAUAAAGGAAGUUGACUACUCAGAGGCCCUGCGCGAAAUUGUGUACAAUCAAACGGAGCAGAUGAAAAAUAUGAGGCGUGAGAUGGAAACAGACGCGCGAAAACAGCAAUUGGAAUAUUUGAGCAACAUGGACGAAAUAAAACAGCGGUGGGAAGCAGCUCUGGGAGAGCAGGAAGAACAACUAGCAAUGGCCCGCAAAGAACUCGAGGACAACCGUGCCCAGCAGCAGCAGCAACUUCAAGAUCACACCAGAGAAAGUGGCGAAGUGCUCAGCCAGGCUAAUCACGAUUCAAUAGAAAUUAGCAUGCGGCAAAUUCUAGACGAUAGUCGCGAACGACUAGCGCAGCGAGAAGUAGAGCUGGGUCAAGAACUGGUCCGACGUGAGGAAGAGCUGAGUAGAAAGAAAAAUGAUGAGUUUCGAGAACGUGAAAAGAUGAUGUUCACCGAGAUGGAGCGGAGGUUACAGCAUGAAGUUGAUAAGUUGAAGGCAAGGAUCAUGUUGCAUUCGCUCAUGCAUAGGAUGCUGAAAUCCACACCCCAGACGGAAAAAGACAGCGAGCUGGCCAACAUGGAACAGCGAUUUGCCAGGCAUCACAGGUUUCAGGACCAGGACAUGGAAAUGGAUACAAGCCCCUCCCGGCAAAGGGAGGCAGGACAACCAUCCACGCCGUCCGCAAAACCAUUGUCAGGCACCCCAUGUCUUGAUGCAAUUAAGAUGAUAAAGAGAAGUCGUGGAAUAUCGCGCAAAACUCGCCUUGUAUCAGUAGCGGUGGAUGUGGACGCUGAGGAAGUCCCUCAAGAACAAUUGUCCGAACAAGAUGUUCCGCCACAUCAACAACACAACACCCUGUUACGCUGA